UCGUCCCUCCCUCCAGAAAUUGGAAAACCCUAAAACUAGAAUUCCUUUUCAUGGUUUUUCCAUUCAGAAGAUUGAAGAUGAUUCACUGAAGUAGGUGAAUAGCUCAGGCAAUGGGUUUAUUAACUUUCUUAAGCGGCGAUGGAGAACGGACGGAAGAAAGGGAACCUAAACGGUACAUUCGUUUCCAAUGGAGGAUUUAAGAAAUCAUAAGCAAGAUUGAAAUUGCGAGUUAACUCGCCUGUUUGACAGCCAUGCUACAUGGGAUUCAACUUUCUGUAGAGAUUAAAGCAAACGGAGAUGAUAUCCAGAACCACUGCAGCCGCCAGAGGAGCUAUUUUCCACCGGCUUCUCUUCAACUUCUCUACCCGGACACGCCGCAUUGAUUGGGUUUGCUCAUUUCUUUCAAUCUCCUCCAUUAAUUUCCAGUCUUAUACAUCAUCUCCCAAAGAACAUCUCUUACCACUACCAAUAUCUUCAGUUAAAGCUUCUGGGUUUGUAAGAGCGGUGACCCUUAGAUGUUCAUAUAUAUGGGACAAGAAAGAUGAAACCCUUACAAACCCUUCUCUUAAACUCUUACUUUUAGAACUCUGUAACAUGUGUCCAGAGAUUGCUCGAAGCUACAUUCGGUAUUCAUUGCUGAAACCAGAUGAUAUCCUUGAAUUGUUGCUUGGAUUUCAAUCUGACGUGGGGAAGUUUGAGAUUGAAGUGAAAAAGGCUAAUUGUUUGUGGGCAAUUUUUAAGUGGGCUGAUGAUCAAUCUAGGGAUUUCAUACACCUCUCUCAAUCCUGCAAACUUAUGUACCAAAGAUUCAUCCAAGUUGGAUUGGUUAGGGAGCUCGAGUGUCUGCAAUCCAGAAUGAACAGCAAAGGAAUUCCGUUCGAUAGUAAUGAACCACUAGAUUAUCUAGUUGAAUAUUACGUCAGGGAUGGAGAACUAGAUCGUUCUAUAUCAACGUAUGAUCGAUUCAAGAGUCAAGGUCUUGUCCCUUCACUGUCUUGUUACAAUCUGCUUCUUAAAUUCCUGAUUCAAGGAAACAAAACCCGAAUGGCAGUUCGUGUUUUUAUCGAUAUGCUGGAGAAUGGAUUUGGGAUUGGAGAAAUAAGUGAUGUGGAUAACGUCAUUCUAUUACUUUGCAAGGAUGGAAGCAUUCAGGAGGCAAGAUCUCUUGUGAGGAAGGUAAUGGCAUUUGGAACAAAACCUAGUGAAGUGAUUAUUGAUGCCAUUGCCAUUGGAUAUUGUGAGAAGAAAGAUUACGACGAUUUACAUAGUUUCUUUAGAGAAAUGGGGAAUCCACCUAGCGUGGCAGUAGGCAACAAGAUUAUAUAUUCUUUGUGCAGUAAUUCGGACAUAGAAACAGCUAGUUCCUUCUUGCGAGAAUUGGAGAGCAUAAAUUUUCAAGCUAAUGAAAUAACUUUUGGUAUUUUAAUUGGUUGGAGCUGUCAAGAAAGAGAUUUGAAGAAUGCUUUGAUUUCUUUAUCAGAAGCUCAAUCGAGAAAACUGAAACCUAGCUUAUACUCUUACAAUGCUUUGAUUGGUGGCAUUUUCCGUGAAGGCAUAUGGGAAAAUGCCAAGCAGAUCCUUGACGAAAUGCACGAUGUAGGAAUUACCCCAAAUUUAUCGACUUUCAGGAUUCUCUUAGCAGGCUAUUUUGAAGCUAAACAGUUUGAUGAAGUGAUAACAUUGGUGGGUAAGAUGGCUGAACUUGGUCUCACUAGGCUAUCCUCUAUCGACGAUCCCUUAUCGAAAGCGUUUGUUCUUCUUGGGCUCGAUCCAGUUAAAGUGCGAAGGGAUAACCAUAAGGGAAAAGCAGAGUUUUUUGAUAAUCUUGGCAACGGACUUUAUCUGCAUACAAAUUUUGCUAUUUAUAAGAAAACAGUGGGUGAUGUUUUCAGGGAUUCAAUCUUUCCGGAUUUUAACUCUCUUAUAAUUAACCAUUGCUCCGAUGGAAAUCUCUCAACUGCGCUCGAGAUUCUCAAUGAAAUGCCACAAUGGGGUCAGGAGCUGUCGGCUUCUUCUUUAUCGAGUUUGCUGAAAUCACUUUGUACAAAGACAAUUGCCAAUCUCUUGGAUAAAAACAAUAGCAUGCUGAAGGUGGUUAAUGAACUCGAUCAAGAAACCUUAAACCUGCUUGUUCAAUCACUCGCCAAAGAGGGUUUCACACAUAAAGCCAUGAUCGUCCUCGAAGGAAUGCUGCAACGACGUUUAAGAGUCGACAGCAAGACAUAUAACUCCCUUAUCAGUAGUUUAUGCAAGAGAGGAAAAUCGAGGGCUUUCCGGAAUUUAUGGGAGAUUGCACGUAAAGACGAAUGGAUCCCUACAACAGAUAGUAACGUUCUUAUGAGAUGUCUUUGUCGCAAAAGAUUUAUUCCGGAAGCAAUUGAGCUUCUCUCUAUCGCGAUGGAUUCCGCAGUUUGUCUUUCUUUAGUCGAAAACUUGUGCAAUGUUGGAUUUACCGAAGUUGCAGUUAUAGUUAUUGACGAGCUUCGAAAGAAUGGAUUCGUCUUUCAGGAGGAAGAGGUUUACGACAGUUUAAUAACAGGUUUCUGUAAUGAGAAAAGCUUUUCGAAAGCUUUUACGAUGCUCAAUGUUGCGCUUGAUACGGAGUGGGUUCCGCAGAUGGAUACUCUCCUUCGUUUGAUUCCCGAGUUACACCAAGCUAAUCACGAUCACAAUCGAUUUACUCAGUAUUUGAAAUCGGUUGUGUUGAACGAGCAGUCAGUUUCUUUACAUUGUGGUUUGAUGAAUUAUUUCGGUAAGAUGGGGAUGGUCAAGGAAAUGACUAAUGUUUUUCAAAACAUUUUAUCGAAGGGUCUUGUUAUGGAUUCCGAGGUUUACAAUGAUUUAGUCCAAGGUUAUUGUCGAGGUAAUGACUUCACGAAAGUUAGGGAAGUGAUCGGCAUUUUGAUUAGAAAUAAAAUCGAUAUAUCGAUUGAGAGUUUCAGAAAACUCGUCCGCUUUAUGUGCUCGAAUGAGAAGGCGGCUAUGGCUUUCAAUAUGAAAGAGCUUAUUAUCCGUGACAACCUCGUUUUCUAUAAUGUUCUUAUUUUCUAUCUUUUGAAAACGGGAAAUAGUUGGUUAGUUGAUUCAUUGCUAGACGAGCUUCAAGAAAAGGAAAUUCAGUUUGACAGUUACACUUACAAUUUUCUCCUCUUCGGUCAUCCCAAAUGCAAGGACACGGCUUGUUCAUUGGAUUAUUUGGUUACUGUGAUACAAAAAGGUUAUAAACCGAGUGAUCGUAAUAUUAGGAACUUAAUUAUCCGCCUAUGCGAAAAUAGAGAUCUCAAGAAGGCUAUGAACUUAAGCCGGGAAAUGGAGCUACGAAAUUGGAUUCAUCCUUCGACUGUACAAAAAUCUAUAGUCGACGUUCUUUUCAAACAAGGAAAACUCGAGGAAGGUUUGAGAUUUCUCGAUCAAAUGUUUAUCAAAGGACUAAUACCCAACAACAUUAAUUACGAUACACUGAUUAAAAGGAUUUGUUCGAUUGGAAGAACAGAUAGGGCGGUAAAUCUUUUGAACAUAAUGUUGAAGAAAGGAAAUGUACCGAAUUCGGAGAGCUAUGAUGCAAUAAUCCAACAACUCGUUUCUCGUGAUCAACUUGACGAAGCUCUAGAUUUCCAUGCUGAAGAGUUGGGUAGAGAAAUGAAGCCAAGUAAGAUAACAUGGCAUAUGUUAAUUCAACGGUUGUGCGUGAAAAGGCGAACUGAAGAAGCCGAAAGACUUUUGAAUAUGAUGGUUGAAAUUGGGGAAAUUCCGAGUGAGGAGAUGUAUACCUUUGUGAUUAGAAAUUAUUGCGGAAAUAAUAACAUUGUUCGAGCAUCGGUUGUUUUAAAAGCGAUGCAACAACACGGUUAUGAGCCUAAUUUUGGGACUCAUUGGUCUCUUAUAAGAAACCUAAGCAAUUCGAACAAGGAUGAUAAUAGGAGUUCCGAAAGGCAACCUUUUCUAUCGAAUCUUCUUUCGAAAAGUGGAUUCGGUCGAAGGAUUUUUGGCCGUGACGAAACUCAAUGAAGGUGACAAGGGCCGGCCUGAAAUUGCUGUAAAUCAUCCUCUCUACUAAAUGAUUUUUACUUAAAUUCAUGAUUUGGGUGAUUGUUAUUGGGAUUUCCUCCUGAUUUUGUUAUUUGCUACAAGAAGACUGUUUCUUUCUGGG